AUGGAGGACGCAGACGGCACUGGUACUGAAAGAGAACGAUUUUUCCAGUGUUUCACGCGUUUGAAUGGAUUCCAUUAUCGCCAAGAUGAUGAAGCAUCGAGAACAAACUUCAAUUUACUUUUGGACGAAAUUAAUUCAAUGGAAUAUUAUACACGGAUCGUCAGAGAAGAUGAGGCCAACAGACUUAUAACAAAGUUUUGUAGUGUUGUCCCUUUGUAUGAAGAAAGAUUCCUGGUUAAAAUUUGUCAAGCCAUUUUCAACUUUACAGCAAAACAGCAGCUGAAGCUUACAGUUCAGACGCUGCAUUUAGUGACUGAGUACCUGAUAUCAGCUCUACAGAGAUGUCAGCCCUGGACUCGGUCAGAGAUUUUAUUGGCUCUGGGGGCAGUGGUAUAUGAAUGCUGUGGACAACUCACAAAGUACCAUGACACACUGCUCAACAAACAUCAUGGUGUACUGAUUCCACUGUUGUCGGAGAAGGGAGGUGACGAGGAUGUCUUACGAGGGGUCAUCCAGUGUAUUGAGAACCUGACUAUAAAAGUGGCGGGCCAGUCUUAUCUAGAGGAUCAUCACUCUUUGACAUGCUUUGAAGUGUUUAUGAAUAUUCUACAUGCUGUCCCAGUAACAAAGAUGGAGAUGAAUACGCAGUGCAAGGUGUUGAUUUGUGCGUUACGAGGUCUACAGAAUCUGUUGGCAGCCUCCAAGGUGAUGCCAACAGAUCAGCUUGGCUAUCUACUAGCUGGAGUCCGAACCUACAUGUUUCAUGGUGUGUCCAGUUUGCCAGUGAGUGUUCCUGAGCGACUCUACCCCACACCUCUUAGUCAAUAUGCUGUGCCACCUUUCAAACAAGCAGCUGCACAAGGGGACCAAAAAACAGAAGAGGACACCCAGGGUACAGCUAGGUCACAAACUAGUAAAAAAACAAAAAAGAAAAAAGCAAAGAAAUCACCAGAGAAACAGAGUAAAUAUCAGGAUGGUGAUGAGAAGACAUUGACCUUAGAUGGAGAUGUUGUUCACAGUGAAGGUCAAGGGUCAUCAAUGACUGCUGGAUUAGAAGUACCAGUUGACAACAGGCCAGUCUGGGCAAAGAUUAGUAGUUCUGAUUCAGAUUAUUCGGACACUGAUGGAGGUCAAGGUUCAAGAAUGAGGUCAUACCACACAAAGGUCAGGCAGUGUGCCCUGGCCUGUUUACAUACUGUGAUAAAGACCACUGACCGUCGUUUGAUGUUUGGAUACUGGUCAUGUUUUAUUCCGGACUCCAGUGCAGCAGGAAACAGUCCACAAGUUCAGACUCUCUUCACUAUUAUACUUAAAGAUCCAUCACCAAAGUGUCGUAUGGGAGCGCUCGCAGCACUGACUGCCCUUGUAGAUGGAACGAAGACAUUCCUCGCUGCAGCAGAGGACAGUGAACAGACAACAGCCUUCACUCCAUUCUCCUCCAUUCUUGGAUCGACUAUCAGGGAAUUGCAUCGCUGUUUGUUGUUGGCUCUAGUGUCAGAAAAUUACCCCCUCACCCUCACACAGCUUAUCAAGUGUAUAGCAAUCCUGAUCAGUAAUGUACCAUACCAAAGGAUGAAGCCAGGACUACUCUCUAGAGUAAUCAAGUUGGUCCGAAACUUUCUCAACCACAGAGAUCCAAAUGUGCGAGUAGCAUGUCUAACGUGUUUUGGAGCAGUAGCUGCAAUCCAGCCACCACUGAUGGAGAUUUGUCACAUCAUUCAGCCGUCCAGACCUCCACUCUCAGCAUCCAUGUCGCAAUCGUCAACUACCAAUCAACAACCAGGGGUUUCAAACAGCCAAUCAGAACCUGAACUUAAUAGUAACCAAGGAAACCAUUCUUCAGAUAAUUCUGACAAUUUGAAAUUUGGAAAUUCUUCAAAUGAUGGACUAGUCAAAAACAAAUCUCCAGGGAAUGUGACCCCACCUGUAGGUCAAGGUUCAGGGUUAACAUCCCCUGGGACAUUAACUCCUGUGUUCUCGGACAAAUUACUACAGGCGCAUGCUCGAGACACUUCAUGGUUGAUCAAACUUUGCAUGAAGAACAUACUGCCUUUCACAGAUCACCAUGGCGACAGAUCAGAGCCUCAUUUUGAACCACUUCCUGUUAGACUGGAGUCCCUUCAAGUACUGGCUCACCUCACCAAAGGCUACUUCCCUAUCAUCAGGAACAGUUUGGCUGUACUGAGGGAUUUAAUACACAAGUGUAUGCAGGACUCAGACCAGGUGGUCAGGUUACAUACAAUCAAGCUGCUGGAUGUGUUGACACAAGUAAUACUACAAGAUGUACAGGUAGCUCAGAAGGAUGGACCAGAGAACAGAGUCAAUGUAGACAUGGCAAAGGAGUUCUGGGUUUUCAUGCUGAUGGGACCCUUACCCAACAUAUUACAGACCGAGGCAAACAACGCUGUCCGAGCUACAGCAUGUGACUGUAUAUCAAAUGUCGGCCCAGAAGUGUUUGCUAUUUUAUCAAUGGACAAGAGAAUUCUGUGUAUAACACUGGUGCUGGGCCUGACAUCUGGUGAUGACAGGAUCGUACGAUCAGCUGCUGUCAGGGCUGUAGGGGUGUAUGUCCUGUACCCUUGCCUGAGAGAGGAUGUAUCUUUCAUUGCUGAUGCUGCCAACUCCAUUCUGAAAAGUAUGACUGACUCAAGUCUGAAUGUGCGUCUGAAGACUGCAUGGUCGCUGGCCAACCUCUGUGAUGCUUUAGUACUCAACAAGACGGAGGGUGAUGUCCAGUUCCUUCAGGACUUCUCUAACAUGUUGCUACAGAAGCUUUUCACCACGGCAACGCGAGCCUGUCAGGACAGUGAUAAAGUUCGCUCUAAUGCUGUUCGUGCCCUUGGUAACCUGAUGAGGUAUCUCCCUAGAAGUAGUCUAGAAAAAUGUACGUUUAAGAUACCUGUGGAGGAAGGUGUAAAGGCUUUAGUGAAAAACAUAAGCUCUGGUACUAUGAAGGUGCGGUGGAAUGCCUGCUAUGCUGUCAGUAACUUGUUCAAAAAUACAUUACUGAAUCAGGCCAGCACUGAAUGGAUGCGAGACAUCAUUCUAGCCUUGUGUGGAGUUGUCCGGGACUGUAAAAACUUCAAGGUUCGAAUCAAUGCUGCUCUGGCCCUUGGUUCGCCGGGUGAUCGUGAUCAAUAUGGAGAUAUUACCCUGUUUCUGUCAGUGUGGGAGGCACUCAUCCAAAGUCUACAGACUGCUGAGGAAAUCACAGAUUUUGCAGAAUAUAAGUACAGAGGAAAUCUCAACAAUCAGAUAUGUACCACAGUCCUUCACCUGGUUACGGUGACACAGUUCAACGACCUUGAUAAAGUUGGGGAACUUCUGGACGCAAACUUCGACCUCCUUCUUGACUACUUAGAGAAAUUCCAGAACUCUCCACAGGAGAAGAAAACAGAAUUUGAAACAGAGUGUGUGGCAGCCCAGCAGAACCUGACCAUGUUUCGUAACAGUAAGCUUUCACACAGACAAAGUAGAACUGUGGAUCGUCUGGUACAGCUUGCCUUCUCUGAUGAAUUUGUGGAACGUAAGCAUGAAAAGAGUGCAUUUGUCCAGAUCUAUGACUAGAACCUUGCUCUGAAAUUCACCAACAAUUAGAUGUGUCAAUCCACUUUGGAUGAAAGAUAAAAAGUCAUUCAGAAAGUGUUAUCAUUGAUGAGAAACUGAAAAUCCUGACUGUUUUAAGAUUCCUUGAUUUAACAAUUUAUGAAGUUUUAGACAGUGAAGUAUACUUUUUCAUGUCGAGAUCUAUAUUUGGUUGACAUUUGAAUAAAUCAAAUCAAAUAAAAAUUAAGUGAUUUAAAAGAUCAAGUGUUGAUUUAGGAAUAAGUUAAAAGACAUUUAAAAGAUUCAGAAAUAAGUGUAUUUUGUAGUGCUUAAAAAAAUUUGGCAUAAAAUUGAUGGUAGGAGUUUUAAAUACAGACUAUUUUUUGAACGGUACAUUUGGGUUAUUUCAAGUCUACAUUUAAACCAUUCUGAUGAUGGAUUCACUUCCAUCAAAAGAUAUUAAUGAUUGAAUAUUUUCAUUAUUUGUUUGUAUGCUAUACAAAUGUACCCAUAUCUUGGUCUGCUAAGAACUUGAGAAAUAUGUAUUGAGUACAGAUAUACAAACCAUGUUGCUUAAAUGAUGAGAAACAUUGUCAAUAAGAUGUGUUCAGAGAGUAAGAAAUGAAUGACAAAUGCUAUUUACUUGUAACUGAAAAGAGAUAGAAGUAGCAAUGUCUGUUCAGUUUUAUUUUGAGAGAGAGGCAUGUUUAUUUCACUGUAUUUGAAGAGAAGCGAUAAAGUAGGAGAGAGAGAAAGGAAACAAAUAUUCACCGCUUGAAAAAGUGUAUCAUGGUAUGAAGAUGUAAUCUGAGAGAGAGACUGGAGACUGAAAAUCUGUGAUAGAAGUUGAUUAAAGGUUGAAUUGAUUAAAUAUAUAGAGAGAGGCUUAAUUUCAGACUAAUGUGCUUCUUCCAUGUGCUUCAAAUGAUGCCAAGAUUAAGCUGUAUUAUUCAUAGCUCAAAUCCUGUUAUCCUGGAGUUGAUUUUGUUGUUACAGAACACAUACUGAUAGAAGCUGCUUUUGUUUUAGUGAUGAGGCUAUUUAAUAGCAAUAAUGAUUUGUUUCCUGGUAGUGACAAAAUGACAUAUGUACAACUAUAAUGAUGAAAUUGAUUUCUUUUACAACAAUUGCAAAGCAAGCUUUUCCAACUUGUAUUAAUCACACUUGUUGGCCCGGCUGUGCGCGUGAGGGGUCUUACUGUGGGAGCAAACCGGAGUACCCGGUGAAAACCCAUGUGGUCGGACAAGUGACCCCUUACCUUUUCACAUCCAUUCCAGCAAUUGAAUCCUGGAUGGCCUAGGUGAAAGGCGAGUAUGUUACCACUGAGCCAACCGACCACCCUGUGCACAUAUAAUACCUAAUACAUGUGCAGGGUAGAAUUUCUGUAUAGUUUUAUAAAGACCAGACAUGGAAGUUGCAUGUUUCUUUAAUAGUAAGUGUCAGGUCAUCAGUCUCUCACAAGAUUUCUUCAAGUACAUUUUGUAUGAAACUAUGUCAGGUAGAUCUGUAAUGUAUGUUAUACAAUGUCUUAAAGUCCAAGUCAAGGUCCAUUACUCUAUAAUAACAAUAAGUAAACUUAGUUCACUACAAUUUAUGUACCAUGACCUCUGCUCGUAGUUUUUGUAUUGACUCGACUUGUGAUUCGUAGUCUCAAAUCAAUAUCAUUAUUUUGUUUUUGUGAUGUUGAUAAGAGUUAUAUUCUGUGAUUUCUGUUUUCAUCAUGCAACACAGUUGUGUACAAACCAAAAAAGGUUGUUUCUUUAACUUUCAAAAACCUGAUUCACAGGAAGAAGGUUCCCAUUUUAAAUCCUUGUAUGAAAAUCUAUUGUGAUACUGAAGUUUGGAUGCAAUAUCUUGUAAUGUGAUAUAUAUUUUACUGGGAAAGUAAGUAAUAAACAAUAUGAAUCAC